UAUCACCAUGUCUCCCUCCAUUGCAAUCGAUAACACCACCCCCGAGGUCGCCGUCGACCACACCACUCCUGCGGUCUCAGAAUCCACCCAACCCUCCAUCGUCGGCCGUACAAAUGACCUCUUCUCCCUCGGUAACCGCACAAUCGUGAUCACUGGUGGAGGCCGCGGUCUCGGAAUUGUCCUUGCUGGCGCCGUCGUCGAAGCUGGAGGUGACGUCGUCUGCCUUGACCUUCUUCCCGAACCUAGCGCGGACGAAUGGGCAUCCGUGCAGAAGCUGGCUGCCGCCCGCGGCCUGAAAGCCACAUACAUCAAGUGCGACAUUACAGAUGAGCAGUCGACCGAGCAGAUCCUCAAGCAAGUUGCCGCUGAGAGCAUGAGCCGGGGUAUGCCCCUGCGCGGAGCGGUGACCUGUGCUGGUAUCCAGCAGAUGGUGCCUGCCUUAGACUACCCAGUUGAUAUGUGGAAGAAGAUGUUGGAUGUGAACGUGAUCGGAACAUUCAUUCCCGCUAAACAUUGCGCUCGCAUCUUCAAGGAGCAAAGCAUCCCAGGAAGCAUUGUGAUGAUUGCUUCCAUGUCGGGUCAAAUCGCCAAUCGGGGAUUAACUUGCACCGCAUACAACUCCUCCAAGGCAGCUGUGCACCAGAUGUGCCGCUCGGUGGCGCAGGAAUGGGGUCAGUACGGCAUCCGUGUGAACACUUUAUCAGCAGGAUACAUCCGCACUGCAAUGACCGAUGCCCUUCUUCAGGAGAAGCCCGAGGUCGAAGAGACCUGGAUGCGUGGUGCGCUGCUAGGCCGCCUCGGUGUCCCAGAGGACUUCAAGGCACCAACAGUAUAUAUGCUUGCUGAUGGCAGCGGGUUCAUGACGGGCACGGAUUUGAGAGUGGAUGGUGGACAUUGUGCUUCUGCUUGAAUGAUUGAUGAUUUGGUGCUUUCAAAGGUCGGCGUUGGGAUAGAC